AUGUCGAUGAUGACUACAGCUCAAUCUGAAAUUGCGGCUGAUUUAGAUGCUUUUGCGGAAGCCUCAUGGUUUACUUCGGCAUAUAUGAUUGCUAUGUCUAGCAUUACGCCCCUCGCUGGACGACUGUCCCAGAUAUUUACUCCGCGUCUCUAUGUGGUCUUCUCAACGACGCUGCUCGCGAUUGGGCUUUUCAUCAGUGCUGCAGCGCCAAGUCUGGCAGUGUUUCUUCUCGGAAGAGUUGUGGCAGGCAGUGGGAGUGGCGGUUUGAUGAGCACUUCCAUUAUCCUGGUUCUAGAUAUGGCCAACAAGAAGCGACGUGGGCUAUGCAUUGGCUUGAUCAAUUGCGGAUAUACCACCGGCGUCGCGUCAGGCGCUGUCUUUGCUGGGCUUCUGGCUCCGACAUUGGGAUGGAGAGUCAUAUUCUGGGUUCAGGCUCCAAUUGCGUUGGUUGUAGGACCCCUGCUGUUCUUUGCAAUCCCCAAGCCUUCGGGCGACGAUGCAAAUCCGUUUAAGAUGGACCAACUGCGUCCUAAUCUGGCGCGAGUAGACUACUUGGGCGCCAUGACGCUGACAAUCUCGGUCGUCCUGCUCCUGACCAGUCUUGCAUCGCCCCAAAUUAUCCUCUGGCCUAUCUUCGUUUCUCUUCCGUUCUUUGUGAUAUUUGUGGUGAUCGAGUCCCGAUGGACUGCAGAGCCCAUCAUUCCAGUCAAAAUAUUGAGAGCUCGCGGAGUGAUGUUGACAUGUCUUGCAGGCCUUGGUCUCAUGAUGGCCCGGUGGUCUAUCCUGUUCUUCACGCCCGUUUAUGCCAUGGCCGUCCGAGGAUGGUCCCCGGCUUCUGCUGGACUUAUUCUCAUUCCCACAAAUGCAGGCUUUGGCCUCGGGGGUCUACUGGUCGGUUGGCUGCAUAUCCGUCAAGCUGGGAGCUAUUACUUGUAUAGCUCAUCUCUCAUCAUCUUUGUUGGCUUCGCUCUCGCUUCUUUGGUGCUUUCUUUUCUGUCAACACCAAAUUCUCCGGUGGCCUUAUACUUCAGCGUGACGUUCCUGAACGGGCUCUUUGCCGGAGCAUUAAUGAAUUACACGCUGUCCCAUAUGCUGCAUCUCACGAGUCCAGCUGUGCAUUAUAUUGUCACUGCUUUGUUGGCCAUGUCUCGUGGAUUUGCAGGGAGUUUCGGAUCUGCAGUAGGGGGAGGUUACUUCUCUCGGAUUCUCAAACCCUCUCUGGAGGCUGGUUUUGCCUCUCGUGGCUUGUCCCCGCGGCCUGAGCUGGUGCGAGAAUUACUCGGCAGCCCAGCUACAGUCAUGCGUCUCACUGGUACCGAACGUCUCAUCGCUAUUGAGAGCUAUGAGCAUGCUGUGCAGAUGCUAUUUCUGGCGGGAAGUGUGUUGGCGUUAGGUUCGGCUAUUGUGCAAGCCGGGGUCGGAUGGACGCCGGAGAGGGAGAAGGGAAAUGUGGACUCCGAAGUCCAUGAUUGA